CGCAUCCCGAGCUGCAAAACGCUCAGUCUUCUACGCUCUUGUACAUUCCUCCACACACCUAAAAAUGUCUGACAACACGUUGACCUCAACUACCUCAACAGACAACACCGCCGUACGACGUGUCUCUGCCUCUGCGGCCAAGAAGGAUCAUGAGCUCGUCGAGUCGCUUAUGCGCAUAUCUAAGAAGAAUCCACGCCUCAUCCGCUCGACCGAGUAUGUCGCGCCGAAUGACCCGGAUGUCACGCUGCGCUCGUGGAAGAUGAACGAGUUCAAAUACUAUGACGUUCCUUCCCCAUUCCCCACGCUUGCCCGUGGUCUCUUCUCUCGCGACACGCGCACUGGCGAUGGUGUCUGGCAUGAGAUUGUCGCUCGUGGAUACGACAAGUUCUUCAACAUCGGAGAGGUGCCAUGGACUAGCUGGCAGUCCCUCGAGGCACACACGGAGCCCCCAUAUACUCUCUCGCUCAAGUCAAACGGAUGCAUCAUCUUUAUCGCGCCUCUCUCCCCAACCAAACUUGUCGUCACCUCCAAGCACGCCAUCGGCCCUCAAGGUACGGCCGAGACACACUCGCAGGUGGGUGAACGGUGGUUGCGCAAGCACCUCGAAAAGAAGGGAAAGGCGACGGAGCAGUUGGCGAAGACGCUAUGGGAGAAAAAGUGGACUGCCGUUGCGGAGCUCUGCGACGACUCCUUCGAAGAACAUGUUCUCCCCUACCCACCUGAAAAGUCUGGCCUGCACCUGCACGGCAUCAACGAAUCCACCGCCAACUUCCGCACCAUGCCUUCCUCCGUCGUUGACGCGUUCGCAGACGAAUGGGGCUUCAUCAAAACCGCCACCAUCCAGCUCGACUCUAUCGCCGCUGUGAAUUCCUUCACGGACGAAGUCGGGAUGACCGGCCAAUGGAAUGGCGAGCCCCUCGAAGGGUUUGUCGUCCGCACACACGUCCGCGCCCCGCCCAAGGCGGUCGACGCACGCGACAGGGGCGCUGCUCCUCCUUACGGCGAAGGCGCGAGCUUCUUCUUCAAGGUCAAGUUCGACGAGCCGUACAUGAUGUAUCGCGACUGGCGAGAGAUCACUAAGGCUUUGCUGGCUGCGAAGAACGGGACUGGCGGCAAGGAGGCAAAGCUUCCGAAGAACAAGAUGAAGCGGCCAGAGACAAAGCUAUACGUGGAAUGGUGUCGCCAGGAGAUCAGACGAGAUCCGACGGCCUUCGCGGAGUAUGGCAAGGGGAAGGGGAUCAUUGCCACGCGGGAGAGGUUUCUGAGGUGGAUGGAGAGUCAGCAGGGAAAGGAGGGGCUUGUGACGUUGCCUCAGGAAGAGAAUAAGGCGGCGGAGGGGUACGGGAAGACUGUCAUUGUACCGGUUGCGAUUCCCGGUUGUGGCAAGACGGCAGUGGCGGUUGGGCUCGUCCAUCUCUUCGGCUUCGGGCACGUCCAAAGCGAUGAUAUCCGCGCGAAGAAGCCAGCUCCCAUUUUCAUCCGCCGCGUCAUGGAAAGCCUGAACCUUCAUGACGUCGUCAUCGCUGAUAAAAACAACCAUCUCCGCCAACAUCGCACCGAACUCCGCACCGCCUGCUCCGCGCGUUCCCCGCCCGUACGUCUCCUGGGAUUGCAAUGGGCACUCGACGCGCCCCCAGCGACGUUGCACCGCGUGUGCGGCGACCGCGUGCUCGCACGUGGGGAGAACCACCAGUCGCUCAGGCCAAACCCCGAGAACGUGACGCUGCACGAGGAUGUGAUCUGGCAGUUUAUCCGCGGCCGGGAGGAACUCGGCGAGGGCGAGCUGGACGAGUGUAUUGAUAUGGAGCUUGAAGAGGACCUGGAGAGCGCAUUACGGAGGGCGGUAGACGGAGUCGUGCAGCUGCUAGACCUGGAAAGGCCAAGCGAGGAGAAGAUGAGAGAGGCACUGGAGGCUGUGAGGGGAUAUGUAGCAGGUGAGAAGCGACAGGAGCCUGCUAAGAGCAAAGAGAAAGGGAAGAAGAAGAAAGAAGAAGGAGUCGAGUCGGCAAGAUACUUCGGAAUCCUGCCCGAGCUGUCCCUCGCCUCUUUGCUCGAUCCACUCUUCACUUCACCUGACGCACCGGUGGAGGGCACGAAGAUGUGGGAGCAGAUAAAGCAACAUAAACAGGUUGCGAAUAGGCCGCACAUCACGUUUGUGCAUCGCCUGACCCGCGCGAACGAGGAGAAGCUCUGGGACGCGUGUGUUCGGGUCGCAAGUCUGCAGACGCCGCCGACCUUCUGGGUGAGGCUCGGGAGCGUGUUGUGGAAUGGGCGGGUGAUGGGUAUCACCGUCGAGGAGAUGGGAGUUGUCGAGGAGAACAAGGGAGAGGCGCCUGCCACGACGUCAACGACUGCCGAUCAUGCCCAGGACGAAGAAGCCCCUGACGCACAUUUGCAGACUGUCUCGGGUCCGACUCGCCCAGGCCGUGAAGGGCGCCGUUUCCUCGACGGGCUCGAGCCUGAGGUCCUCAAGCGCCUACACAUCACCGCAGGUACACACGAACACGGUGUAAAGCCUAUAGAGUGCAUGAGCAUGACGGUCGAUUGGCGCAACGGGCGGCGGAAGGAGAUUGGCGAGUUCGAGCUGAAGGGGCCGGACGGGAAGGGUGUGGUUGUGGAGGGGAGGGUGAAGGGGCUGAACUUUUAGUAGUUGGUGGCCAUGGACGGGGUCGCAUCCUCUCUGUAGCAUAUGCUCAUGAUUCGUUCUCUCUGCUCAUUCGGUAGUACAUUCCUUGCAUUACAUUCAACGUAUACCUAGAUACUCUACAUUAAACAGCACUUCUCAAUGCAAUCCGAUUUCUAAUCCCGAUUUUAUGCAGAUAAGUAGGUGUACCAAACUAGAGGACUAGGCACA